GACCACAAGCCUAGCAUUUUCGCUCCCAGGCCUAUUUUCACUCACUCCCAACAUCUGCUGGGAGGUGUGGCCAUUGCCUACAUUUGCGAAGCUUCAAGCCUUUAUCUUCUGACAUUUCCGGCCCAGCAACCCCCAGCUUGUGAAGAGCAGCUGGUUGCUCUUCGUGCGAAGUCGGCGGCGCGUGGCUUUCAGUCUCGUACUACUUGUGUCAAGUCCCUGACAUUGGGCUUAUCUUCAUUCCGCCAGCCUAUUUUUUCGAACCAGAUCACCACUCCUGGUCUGAGACCUAUUCAGAAUCCAAACGCGCGACAACGGCGACGUAGAAAAAACGCGUUAAUCCACUGCUCGAUAAAAGGGGAUAAAAGCUUUGUCACAAUGUUUCUCCGCUCUAGCCGAAGCUCGUUGACGGCCAACAUUCUGGGCCGGCCGCCGUCGGACAUCCGCGACAAGUUCCUGCUGGGCAAGGAGCUGGGCAAGGGGCAGUUCGGCGUGACGUACCUGUGCACGGACAAGGCCACCGGCGAGCAGCUCGCGUGCAAGUCGCUCGCGAAGCGGCGGAUCGCGUCCAAGGAGGAGGUGGAGGAUAUCAGGAAGGAGAUUGCUAUCAUGCACCAUCUGGGCGGGCAUCCGCACAUCGUGCAGCUGAGGGGCGCCUUCGAGGACAAGCACAACGUGCACAUCGUCAUGGAGCUCUGCGCGGGCGGCGAACUCUUCGACCGGAUCGCCGCCCGGGGGCACUACAGUGAGCGCGCAGCGUCCUCCCUCUUCAAGACCAUGAUGGGGGUGGUGGACCACUGCCACCAGAACAAUGUCGUUCACCGAGACUUAAAGCCCGAGAACUUUCUCCUCGCGGACAAGAGGGAAGAUGCGCCGCUCAAGGUGGCGGAUUUCGGGCUCUCGUCGUUUUUCAAGGAGGGGGAGGUGUUUUCUGAGACGGUGGGGAGCGCGUUUUAUGUGGCGCCGGAGGUGCUCAAGGGGCGGUAUGACAAGGCGUGCGACGUGUGGAGCUGUGGCGUGAUUCUGUAUAUUCUGCUCAGUGGCACGCCGCCCUUCUGGGGAGACACGGAGAAGCAGAUCUUCAACCAGGUGCUGCGGGCCAACGCCGACUUCACUGCUGACCCCUGGCCCAACGUGUCAGACACCGCCAAGGACCUUGUCAAGCGCAUGCUGCACCCCGACCCCUCCAAGAGGAUUACAUCCGCUGAAGUGCUGCGCCACCCGUGGCUGUCGCAUGAGAAGCAGUCCGACCGCCCGCUGGGAGAGGCGGUGCUGAAGCGAAUCAAAAACUUCUCCGCUGCCAACAAGAUGAAGAAGCUCGCGCUCAAGGUCAUUGCAUGCAACCUCAGCAGGGAGGAGAUCCUGGGGUUGAAGAAGCUGUUCAAGGGGAUGGACAAGGACGGCAGCGGCAGCAUCACAUUCGCGGAGCUCAAGCAGGGCAUGAAGAAGCUGGGCAACCCCAUGUCGGAGGAACAGCUGCACGAGAUCAUGGAGGCGGCGGACGUGGAUCGCAGCGGCACCAUUGACUACACGGAGUUCAUCACAGCCACGAUGCAGAUGAACAAGGUGGAGAAGGAGGAGCACAUCUGGAGGGCCUUCCAGCACUUCGACCGCGACCGCAGCGGGUUCAUCACUGUGAGCGAGCUGAGGGACGCGCUGGCGAAUGAGGACAUGCUGGAGCCGGGGGAGCUGGAGCAGAUCAUCGAGGAGGUGGACACGGAUAAGAGCGGCACGAUCGACUACGAGGAGUUUGCAGCCAUGAUGAGGAAGUCGAACCAGGAGACAGCAGGCUCGGAGAAGCAGAGGCGAACUCGCAGCAUCCGGGCAGACUACUACUGAGUGUGAAGAGCACGCGACCUGAUCUGAUCUGAUCUGAUCUGAUCUGAUCUGAUCUGAUCUGACCUGAGGAAGGCUAGGUGGACUAGCAAGUUGUGGUACCGUAUAUUGAUCGAUAACCAGGUGUAGCAAGUUGUCCUGCUUUCCCUUCCCUUCCUCCCCACUUUUGAAUGUAUGGCACCUUGUCCUCCUUUUCAAAAAGUCUGAAGUUAACAGGAGAUGCCUGGAGUGAGCUGGU